UUGCAUUACAACUCCUUUGUAAAAAACACAUAAAAAGAUUCGAUAGCAUUUUUGCAUUUAGGUCUGAGAAAAAGGCGCGAGAUUUGAAGCUCACCAGAAAAGGAAGUGAGGAGCGACAUGGGGAUAUCACUUGUUCAUGUCAACUACUUACUCAAUUCAACAAGGAUGGCGCCUCUCAAUGAACUUUUCCAAGCGCCCAAGCGACUCAGAGCUGCAAAUUCCGGCUCUGGCGCCAACGCCAUUGCAAUUUCCCUCACUUCACAUAGCUCCAUCAAAGACCAAACGCUCGAAGCAUCACACCAUGACAAGGCGGGUGACCAAAAUUCUUCCUCUUUCAUCUGUGAAGAUAAGGAGAGCCAAGAGUCAAAAGAAGCUGCUGCUGGUGUUCAACUGCAAUUGAACUCUCAACAAAUUAUGCGAAUGGAAAUGAACAAAUCACAAGCGAGAGCCAAGCGCAUGCGCAAGAUAUGUGAAGAGAGAGUUGCAGAUGCCAAGGCAAAAGGAUUGCCUUUUCCAAAGCUAGAGGACCUCAUUGUUGAAGAGUCUUGGUUGGAUGCUCUUCCAAGUGAAUUUCAAAAGCCCUACAUGCAAAAGCUUUCAGAAUUUGUGACACAGGAAUCUAGAGGAAGCAUUCCUAUUUAUCCACCUCCUGCUCUUGCGUUCAAUGCCUUGAACUCAUGCCCAUUUGACAAAGUGAAGGUUGUCAUUAUUGGUCAAGAUCCUUACCAUGGCCCAGGCCAAGCAAUGGGGCUUUGCUUCUCUGUUCCAAAUGGUAUCAAAAUGCCUUCAAGCUUAGUAAAUAUAUUUAAAGAGAUCCAACAGGAUAUUGGCUGUUCUCUUCCCUCUCAUGGAAACUUGGAGAGAUGGGCCGUGCAAGGUGUUCUUUUGCUCAACACUGUGCUCACUGUGCGGGCACAUCAAGCAAACUCACAUGCCAAAAGGGGUUGGGAGGUUUUUACUGAUGCUGUAAUUCGUGCAAUUUCUUUGAAAAGAUCUGAUGUUAUCUUUAUUCUGUGGGGAAACUCAGCUCAAGAGAAAAUACGGAUAAUUGAUACAAACAAACACCAUAUAUUAAAAGCAGCACAUCCCUCUGGACUUUCCGCCCACAGAGGGUUCUUCCAGUGCAGACAUUUUUCUCAAGCCAACAAGGUUUUGGAACGAUUGGGUUUAACGCCGAUUGAUUGGCAGAUUUAAGUCACAGCUCAAAAGAGUUUUUUGACAGUCAUUUAUAGGAAUAACUGCAGGGGAUUCUGAAGCAGUUGAGGUGCUUGUAUCAGGAAAAUUGCUUUUAUAGUAUUACUAGUAGUUACCAACGCUCUAUUAUAAAUUUCAAAAGAUACACAAAUUUUUGAAGCCUGAAGGUGAAGAUUGAUGAAUGCCAUGAUCUAUCACUUGUAUACCGGUUCAGGCUGAUUCCCCAGGAUUUUCGUAAUCUAUGUGGAAAUUUGAUAUCUGGACUGCUGGGAUGUGGGUAUGAAGGUAGCUUCAUUUAAUUUUGUUGUGGAUGGUGGUAAAUUAUAAGGCAACAGUUUCAUAAGGAAUGCUGGCACUGAAAGUGACAACUAAGAUCACAAUCGGCAAUCUUGUAAGGGGUGGUUGAAGUGAUGUUUAAGAUCAUAACCAACAAUCUGCUAAGAGUAAUGAUAAAUAAAUUUUGCUUCGUCAAACUAUAUUUGAUUUACGGUUAUAUAAAAAUACUAUUAACUUUGGUUGAUGGAGAUAAAAUUGGUUGGACUGCA